AUGUCUUCUACUACGCUACAGUACAACUGGUUGUGGUGUGAUGACAACCAGAAAGUCACCGAGUGGUUCUUGAGCGAGCCCGACAUUCACGAAUAUGCACUCUUCUACUCUUCAUUCAUCAACCACGCCAACCGCACCUGGAGCAUCUUCGCCGACAAGGCUCCCAGAGUCAAGAAACUGCAACGCCUCGAGCUCUUUAUCAUCGAGUGUCUCUGCAAGAAUCCAAUUCCCGCCGAUAUGCUCAUCGAAGCAUUCAAGAAAUACAACAAGUACAUUGGUGGAACCAGAGGAAAUUUGAAGGGUAAAGGACUGAUCAAAUUCGGAGAUGACACACCCGAGAUGCGCGCUAUAAAGGAUGGAAAGAAAGAGCUUCACCACCAGAUCGCAACGUACCACAAGAAGCACGGCGACACUCGAUUCGAAGAUACGGAGAACGAAAACACGGAGGAUGGAGAAAUGAAGGAUGUCGAGGCGCAACCUACUGAGAUCGUUGAUGAGAACGGUGAGAGACCAAUCACAUUCGAACUUGCUAUCGUUGGAGGCAAGAAGAACGACGAGGAUCAGGACAUGGCUUAA